AUGGCUACGACCUUCCUGCAGCUAAGCCAGGACCAUCUGAAGCAGCCGGGAAUGAAACUGUUCCCCAACUACACCCCACCGAUUCCACCCCAUCACAACAACACCAACAGCAACAGCAGCAGCAGCGCAGCGACGGCAACGACGACAGCUUCCGGCAACUUCUCGACAAUGUCCAACAAUGUCAACAACCAUCACUAUCAUCAAAUCACCUACCAGACGCAAACCCUCGCACCGCUCCGGCUCAACCAGGACCAUUUUAGUGGCUCGAAAACGAACACCCUCGGUGGCGUUGGUGGCCCAAACGGCCUUCCCAAUGGCCGACCGAAAUAUCAGACCCAUCAUCAUCACCAUCACCACCACGAGCAACAGCAGCAUCCGUCGCCGCACCAUCACCACCAGCUCCACCCGUUGUCGCCCGACCACCACGACGAGCUGGACGUCGACGGGUGCAGCGCCAGCAUCAGUGCGGCCAGUGGCUGCGAUAAUGAGGAUGACAGCAAUAGUGCGACCACAUCGCCUCCGCACAGCCCGUCCUCGCCGGUGCCACCGGAACUGCCGAUCCGAAACGGACUGGUGGUGGCGAAUUACAAUGUAAAUACACUCAAUCACAGCAUCGUUGCCAACGGGAGUGGGAAAAUGGGACCGCCACGGUUGGCUUCGGUGGACGCGACGGGAACUCGCAAGACUGUUCGGCACUAUCACUGAUGCGUUUACGUCGUUCCGUCUUGGCGAAUGGCAGCAGGAAGCACCCGGGGCUGUUGUACAGACCAUUUAACAUGAUUGUGAUUCAUUUUUGCUAAUAUAUUGAGGUAGAGGAGAAGAAGGGCUCUAGAAGUCAAGCGUUUGUAUUAUAAAGAUUAGGAUUUGAAUUUGGAAAUGCUGAGAUUUCUUAUGCAAGGUGCUAUUUUUUUGUGAACAUCUUAACUGGAGAAAGAAAGAUAUGGUUUUACUAAAGAAGCUAGUUAUCUCCCAGAUCCCUUUCCUAUGUUUCACAUGGAACUUCCAAUAAAAUUGCAUGGACUCUACAUGUAAGGCUUGUACGCGACAAAAUCUGGACACCUUUAAACACGUAUAACUUUUGAAAUAGAACAUCAACGAGUGAAAUAUUUCGUAGAUUGAUGAAUGUAUGUGUGUACUUUCUGAAAAUAUAUCUCUUAUAAGUGUUACAAGUUCGUAGUGAAUAAUAGCGUCGAAGAAAUAGUUGGUUCGGAAAGAAUUGUGUGCAGUCGCCAUUGAAAUUCGGGUCUCUCGAUCCAGAAACUGACUAAAAACAUUUUGUUUUCAUGUGAACACUGUUCAAAGCGUUUUAAAAUUUGUCGAUGCUUGUUUGACAAUAUCUAAAACAUCAGAGAGUGGAUUAAAAACGGAUUUUAUGAGCCACCAGAAGGAUACGAGCUCGAAACAGAUUCUACUGAGGAUGUCAAAUUAUUCGGCACGUAUUUUUUCUUAGAAAAUUUAAAUGUCACCAACAUUCGUGCAUACAUCGAAGCAUCGAUAAGGAAUGAAGCCAUUUGAAGUGAAAAACGUACCGAAAUAAACCAACAGCAGUUUAUUUUUAUUCUUAAAGUUAUGUGUCCAGAUUUUGUCGCGAACAAGCCUUAAGUGCUAGUUACAAUUUUGUUGAAAUUUAACUUCUGAAGUAAUCAUCAGUUUUAUCAUUGCUCUAUUGAGAGAAUUGUGUAAAAUGGGAGUCGAAAAACAUGCAAAACUACUGCUUCUUGAAUUCAUAACAUGUGACCCAAUCAAAAACAAAGAAGUGGAGCGCUAAUUACUUUUUUUUACCCUGUCCUAGUAAGUUCAAAAUUUCCACGGAAUUGAUGGUAUAUUCCUUUUCAAGACAAGUAUCCCAGAAUACAAAACUAAAUUCACUCGCGUUUUCAACGGCACGCCGCUCAAUACGAAAGCAAAGCACAACUAUAAUUUUUAUUAUAUCACGCAUGCUGCGAUGCAGCAAAACUGACUUAAAAAGAUGACAGUUGUGCUUUGCUGCCGUAUUGAGUAGUGUGCCCUUGAAAAUGCGAGAAUAUUAUUUAAUUUAGAUUCCGGAGGCUUGUCCUUAAGGGGAAUAGGUUUAAGGACAAUCCUCACAGAAUUCAAAUUUGAAACUCCCAACUCACAUUUUCAAGGGCACACCACUCGAUACAGGAGCAACCCACAACUGUCAUUUUUAUUAUUUCACGCAUGCUGCGUGCUUGUUUUAUAGCUGUAAGUAACUCUUGGUUUUAUAAUGGUUUUAGCUUGAAAUUAAAAACUAAAAAGUAGCACAUUGUAUAAGAAUUCAAACAAAAACUGCUCUUGAAUUAACAUAGAAAUGGUAGUUAUGAAAUAGAAUAAAACCAAUCUACUGAAGCAUGCCCAAAAUGCGGCAUGCAGACACAAAUACCUAUAUGUAAAUCAUCAACGUUAUCUGUGCAAACUUUACAAGCAAUAUCUUCUUGACAAAUCGAAUAUACGUAUGAAUGUGUGGAAAUGCGCUAAACUACUAUCACGAAUAAAACGAACUACAUCGAGAACCGUACUACAAUUAUCCACAAACUCUAAGCAAAGUUCCAUACCGGAUGGCCACCACAACCCGAGGCGGAUAAUGGUGAACCGCCAAACUGUGAAUUGAUUGUUUAUUUUUGAUUAUGUGAUUCUUAGUUUUUUUACAAGACUUUUGUAUACAAAAAUCUAGUUGAUGAACUUUACUAAGUGUACAUAGCUAAGGGAGAAAACGAAAGCAGAGCCGAAACCGGAAUUGUAAAUAAAGGAAACAAUCCGAAGAUAGCACUACAAUUUAUCCAAUAUGAAAAGAAAGAGAAACAACAAUAUCCUUUAACUGAUCUACGAAUAGUAUAGGAGAACGAAACUUAUAUCAUAGCAGAUAGACAAAUAUAAUAGAAAUAUAGAGGAUGGGCAGCUACAGCCGAGCAGCUAUUCAAACACACGUCUUUAUCAUUAUCAAUUUACAGAUGUUUUCACACAAACAAGCAAGCAAAAUUCAGAAAA